AUGUACGGCCAUGCAGCUAAAUUUAUUACGCGCCAUGGGAUCGAAGCAACGGCGGAGAUGAUCAAAUACGAAAUCUCGCACCUCCGCAUCCUUGCAGACGUGAUCGAGCGAGAGAAAAUAGACUGUGAUCUUACCUUGACUAGAUCAUUCGAUGUAUACUUUGACCAGGAAGUGAUGGACAAGGUCCGUCAUGGCGUCGAGCCGUUAUUAUCUGACUCCUACCAGCAGGGGAAGUAUGAAUUCAUGAAAGAUGCAGACUUUCGAUUCCCCACAACAGAUCACCCGUUAACUGAGGAAGACCUGAAGGAAACAAAAGUGAAAGGGGCGAAGGGAUUCGUGUCUUUUCCUGCAGGUCACAUCUGGCCAUACAAAUUCAUAUCGGGGCUGCUAGAAAUUGCCGUCUCCAAGGGGUUGAAUCUUCAAACUAACACACCAGUACUAGAAAUUAGCCCUCAACGCGACGAAGAAGGGUACUGGAAAAUAUCUACCGGCAAUGAUAGAGGGGUUAUUCGUGCUAGAAAGGUUAUCCUGGCCACGAAUGCAUAUACCUCUGCCUUAGCCCCAGAAUAUGCAAAGGCCAUUGUACCCUGUAAGGGUCUCUGCUGUCAUAUCGUGAUACCGCAGUCGAGCGAUCAGGAUGCGGACCAAAAACUGCCACCACGCCUAACAAACACUUAUGUUACUCGUCACGGCUCGGGGGCAGGAGGAUAUCUCAUCCCCCGUCCUGAUGGUAGUGUGAUUGUUGGCGGAACAAGUCACACAUUUACCCCCUUCUUGGAGCAGUGGCACAAUAACCCCAACGAUGACGUGUUGAUCGACGCUGCUAAACAGUAUCUUGAUGGAUACAUGCAGCGAACAUUCGUGGGCUGGGAAAACAGUGGUGCAUACUCGAGGGAAAUUUGGACUGGUGUAAUGGGUUACUCAGCCGAUUCACUGCCCCAUAUUGGAGUAGUGCCUUCGAAGGAAGGCCAGCUCAUCCUUGCUGGGUUUAACGGACAUGGAAUGCCGGUAUGUUUCUUAGCAGGGAAGGCAAUUGCACAGAUGGCCCUAUGUGAUAAUGUUAUCUUCGAGGACACUGGGUUGCCCCGCGUUUAUAAGACGACCAGUGAUCGGCUGGAAACGAAGUAUAAUGAUACGCUACAGCCAUGA